AAAAUGUACUUAAAGUGUUCAGCAAUGCUCUGCCUGGAGAAGGCUAGUGUGACUCUGUGGGCAGUGUAUGUCUUAAUAAACGGUCUGUGAAUGAAGCUACAGCAACAAAAAAAUGACCCAUUCUUCGCUGCUAAAGUUGAGAAUGCGUUCAUUGGAAUGACAUCUUUGUAUUUAGUCCUUCGCAAGGCCUUUACCAAACUUUAUGAUGUUUCGGUCAAAUAUCUGGAGAAAUAGUUUGACUUUUCCACUAGCGGCUAUUUGUACAACAUUCAGUGCUUUAAUAUCAGCCAAGAGAAGGAGUUGGGCUCAGGUGCUCAGCAGUAAGGGAGACGGUGCUAAUCUUCCUAACAUGAAGAAGCUGGUUUCCUUCAUGCUCAGUAUACCAGCCUGCCAUGCUGAUACAGAGCACGUAUUUUCAGUGACAAAGGAUGCAUGGACUGAUGUGAAGAAUCGAAGCAGGAUUGAGCUGGUGAGGUCCGAAAUGCAAGUAAAAAUGAAUUUCAGUACAAGCUGGAAGGAGUUCUACACUUAUGUAAUCGGCAGAAAGGAUGUUAUGUGCAUGGCCAAGUCAUCCAAGAAGUAUGAGACUGCUGGUGCUGAAAACUGAGAGCUGUGCAAUCUGUAGUACAAGAGGCCAUGCUUUCCCACUGACAUCGGCCACGAAUCAAUCAGGCCAUGGUUAGAUUUAAAGUGGCAGUGGCACUCCAUAUACUCUUCAGCUGGAUUUACAGAGGAGUCUCAAACGUUCACUGCUCUGGAUACGUGUGGAUAGAGCCAGCUCCAGUCAUUCAGAUGGGUUUGAACAUUUCUAUAAAUUGCCACUCUACGGUAAACUGUCAAAUGGCAAAGUUAUACAUGAUGCUAAAUAAUACUCAUAUAGAAGACAAAUUAUUAACAACAAUAAACAAAACUACAGUGCAACUUCAGCUUCAUGAUUUCAGAAAACCAUAUUCCAUUGUCCUAUGUUAUGCCAAGUGUCCCAGCAAAGCUGCAGAUAUGAUAGUAUGUGGAACACAAUUUUUUGCAGGACAUCCACCGGACAGUCCAACCAAUUUAACUUGUGUCAUUUAUGAACAUUCAGACCACCUGACUUGUGCUUGGGAUGCAGGGAAGUACACCUACAUAAGUACUAAUUACAUUCUCUACCUGAAGAGUUUACAGACAGGUGAGGAGAAAGCAUUUCCUUCGAAUGCAGCAAUCAACAUUUCAUUGAGCAAAUUACAAGGAGGCAAACUGUAUUCUAUUUGGGUCCAAGCCAAAAAUGACCUAGGCACAGCACAUUCGGAUCAUCUGCAAGUUAACCUUGAGGAUUUAGUGAUACCAGCCACACCGGUUAUCACCAAUGUUGAAACUACAGACAGUUCAGCACCGAGAACCAUACUCCACUGGAAAAAGCAAACAUCCAUGGAGAACGUUUAUUGUGAAGAGAGAUACAAAGCACUGGCAGACCAAACUUGGCAUAUGAAAGAAUGGGACAUAAAUGUGACAAAAGGGCCAAACAGAGAGUACAGCCUGGAGUCGAAUACAGAGUAUGAGUUUCAAGUGAGAUGCCGAUUAAUUCUUGCCAAAAGCUAUUGGAGUGGAUGGAGUGCGCCCUUUAUUUACACAACCCCAGAAGCAGCACCUUCUAAAAUCCUGGAUGUGUGGAGGGUUAUGGGUCCAGUAUACACGAACGGUAGCCAAGAAGUGAUGGUCUUGAUAAAGCCUCUUGCUCCAAAAGAUGCCAGAGGAAGAAUUCUGGGUUAUACUGUGUUCCAUGAAAGCCGGGGAGAAAUGGUUAACUUAUGUAAUACAUCAGACACACAAUGCAAAGUUCUGGUUUCCCCAGCAAUGCGCACCGUCCAUGUGACUGCAUACAAUUCAAAGGGAAGUUCCAUGCCAGCCAGUAUAACAGUGACCCAAGAGCACAGUAAUUUUAACGAUUUCCUAUCCCCCACCAACAUGCAGAUUAGCCAUGAUGACCAUAGAGGAGUAUCUGUCAAAUGGGAGCUGCCUAAAUACAUUGGAAGAUCAGUUCUGUGGUUCAUAGUUGAAUGGAUUUUUGCAGCUCAGCAUAACCAGCAACACGAUUUUUUAUGGAAGAAAGUCCCCAGCCAGGAUACAUUUACAUAUAUAGAGGGAGACCUCACAGAAGGAAUUCACAUGAACAUUUCAGUAUAUGCAGUGUAUCAAGAUGGAAUAAGCAAGCCAUGUCCUGGCCAACUUUAUCUGGUGGAUUUAGUAAAAUGGCUCCCAAACACAAGCAUUGAUACUGAUCCUGUAAUCAUCGCCACAGCUACAGGGAAGAUUUCCUAUGGUAAGAAGAUAGUAUUUCAGACUUGGUAAGCAAGAGUUUCUACUUGACCAGAAGUGGGUGGUUUCUGCUGUACUAUGGGCUACCAAUAGUAUCUCAGAGACUGCGAGAGGGGAGGGCAGUUUAGUGACGUGAUAACAGAGAAGUGAAAAGUUAGUAACACUUGGUUUGUUAUUAGAGACAUGGCCCAGCCAAAAACACACCCUUUCACAAGUACAAGAAUGCUGCAGCCCUAUAAAGCAAACAACACAUGUUAGUUAGUCUAGGGCAUAGUACUAAUAGGUUGUAUAAACUGUACUAUUGCAACAAUUAUGCUUUAGGUCUUUUUGUUUUGUUAAGGCACUUAAAAUUAAAUGUAUGGGACAACAGCUAGGAUAUGAGAAAUUGAGACAAAAAAUAAGAUAGCAUUUCCUGAUCAUACAGAUAGGCUAAGCUAUUUUGACUCCACAAUUUGAGCCAAAGGCUUGUUUAUUUCUCAUGUAACACUAACCUCAGUUAUUUUUCUGGUUUGUUGUAACCCGUAAAGGUACUUCUGUGUUGCUUGUUCAGAGUCAGGCAGCCAAAACCAAACAAAAGAUCAAUUUAAAAGCAGCG